UAAAGAAAAUCGAAUAUUGGAAAAAUAUCGGAGUAUUUUUCUCAGUCUCAAACGAGAGCACAAUAGAAAAUUGAGAUUUGUCAGUUCAUUUGUCAUUAAUCGAGAUGAAAUUAUUACUAAAAUUUGUAUAAAAUUACGAGUUGACGAUGAACAUUAGUCCUGUGGGGUGCUUUAUUCUCCAAAAAAUCUCAAAAGAACUAACUCAAAAACAUGGAAGAGCUACCAAAAGUCAACAGCGUUCGUGCCAUAAUAGAUCUCUUCGAGGAGAACUGCAGAAGUGAGACUGCCAUACGUUUGAAUAAAUCCAUGUCUAAAUCCUUCUCAGGACUGUCGUUCUCAGAAAGGAAAUUGAAAUCGAAUACCACCAACGAUUCUAAUCUAUUCUAUAACCUGGAGCAGAGAUUGCUAGCCAUUUCCUUUAAACUGAAGGAUUACAGGGUCUACGCUAAAGAUAGGCAUAUCGGCAUUCAGGAAGAACUGGUUGAAAUCAUGACAAUUCUUUUAAAUACCGAUAUCAAGAACUCUUGUAAGAAGAGGGAACUCGUGUAUGACAUUAGAGCUUGUUUCAAAGAAUUGAACGAUAAGUUGCCUGGCUCUUUUGGCCUACUGCGACAAGGAUUUGGUGAUUCCACUUAUCAGCCUUUCAAUUGGAGAAGGCCCAAUUCGAUUGGAGGGGCAAUUUUAAACUCUAAAGAGCCUAUAAAAACCACCGACAGCCAAAUAGUGUAUGGAAGUUCCUCCGCCAAGAUUCCUACAUCCCCAAGAGGAGGAAUUCCUCUAAGAACUCAAUCGUUUGUUGAACGUUAUUAUCCCUCCGAAUUCGAUGGAGCAGACAAGCAAGCGAAAUCUUUCGAAAGCAACGAUGCUUUAUUAUCUCCUAGUUCAUUCAGAAGGUCUCCAGAUUUCGUUAUAGGAGGAGCAGUAGGAACCAGACGCCCAGUCAAUACUAUAGGUCUGGCUUCGGUGAUAGCGAGAUCAAAUGAUCAAGUUCAUCUUAGAGCAUUCCAAAGAAGUGCAUCGGAAGUAGCAUCUGGUGAAAUCCAAGAAACUCCCACGACCAUUGGUUCGAGUGAAAAUUCCAAACGCUUGUCUUAUGGUGGUCAACUUCGAGAACGUAGAAGACCUGUCUCCCUUGGUGGAGCUGCUAUGACUUUCAACACACAUGAGGAUAUCAUUUCUUCAUUGAAAUUUCCUCAUCAAAAACCAUUAACUCCAACGAAGGAUUCAGAGCAACAUGAAGACCAUAACGAAAAAGAAUUCCAAAAUAAUGAAGUAGAAAUAAAAGACAGCUCAGAAGAUGACAAUUUACAAAGUGUCGACCUAUUGAAGAAAUUUUUCGAGUUGAAAUCGGUCGAGAAGAUACAACAACAAAAAUCAUUCAACGCUAAAGAGAACCAAAGAGAGGAUUUUCAAGAAUACGUUCAAUCUAUAGAAAAAUCAGUUCAAGCCAAUGAAGAAAGUGUUGACGAUUCCAACAACGACACCAUUGUUACAAUCGAUAUUACAGAAGAUGGGGAAAAAAGAAUUGUAAUCUCCAGAUCUAAUUCGAGUCAAGUAGACGAUUCAGAGGCAUUGAACACUCCAAUGUUACGCCAGGAAGAAGUUGAUGAAGUAGUCAUAACCAGCAAACGUCAUGAUUCCUGUAGUUCACAACAAUCGAUUUAUUUGGACCCGGUUGAUUAGAGAUGGUGAUGGUUCUUCUGAAGUACCCACAAGCCACUACAAUAAUUUGAAUAAGACCUUUAAUUGAUCAAAUAACUGUGGAUGAAAUCAUGUAAUUUAUAAUGAGACUAAUUAUAAUGGAAAAUAACUGAUACCUUUAUAAUAUAUUGAAAAAAUAAAACAUAAACAUAGGAA